AUGUGGAAGGUCAUUGCUGAGGAGUGCCGAAGGGCAGAAGUCAACGCCUUGGAAUGGAAGCUUCGAGAGACACGUCGACGCCACAUUGAUGAAUUGGCACGUCUCGCUGGCAGCUCCUCGACAGAUCGUUUGUCUGGCAAAUGCGAAACGACGUCAGCGAUGUCAGUCUCACCAGGCUUCGGGUCAGGCUUCUCACCAGGCGGUUUCUCGCCAAGUUUCCGUGGUGGUGGUGCUGGCCGCAUGCUUGAGGGCUCCAUGCCAGAGGCUGCAGGUACGGUACUGGUGAGUUGUAGGAGGGACUUCGGUGCUCAUCGAAUACGUCUCUGGGUUGAGGACCUUGCCAGCAUUGGCAGUGCCAGGUUUCAUGCAAUAGAUGAAGCCACGGGUGCAAGGAUGUAUAGAGAUAUCCCUGAUGCUGCCUUGUCGCGCUUGCUCACGGUUUUUCGGCGCUCACCAACAUGCGACCCAGAUGAUGUCGAUGAUUUUCUACGUGCCAUGCUGCGGGCAUGUAAGAUCAGAAUGUUUCCAGGUGGCCUUGACAUUGCCCUACCAUCGGACCAAGAUCUACAGCCUGAAGUUCGACCUGCGCCUUUGAAUUUGCGAGUGAUGCAGCACAUUUCCGCUAUGGGUGGCCAAAGGCCAGGCGAAGUUGGCGAAGUUGGCCAGGUGAGUUUGGGCCACCAGGCUGCAAAGACAGCAUCUGCCAAAUCAAUUCCCUGCAUGGCAGUUGCCCCUGGUCCUGGUUCCACUGGGCUUGGAGUGACACCCGUCAUGUCUCUCCAUCAACAGUUGAGACCCCCUCGUCCUUCGAAGCCACCAGGUCGUCCGCAGGUGGGGAUGCCAAAGCGUCCUGUUCGCCGCGUGCGGCCACAGAGCGCUCCACACACCGGACGGAGCGAAGAGCCAAGGGCUUCUAAGGCUAUGGAAGCUGCAGCUGAUGCAGCUCGGUCAGCUCGGACCGUCAGCGGUAGCACUGCGAUCACUGGCCAGAGCCCUUGUCGGUCCCCUUGUCGGUCCCCUUGUCGCCCCGAACCCAAAAGCCAUGGGCCCCAUGCGCUUCAUGGGAACCAAAGCCCUUCGGUGCCUUCAAUGAUACCUGGAGCGUUUCGCGGUCGAAGAGCUCGCCCCACUUCAGCUAAAGCUUUGAAGCAUCGGCGUGUGGUUGAUGAUAGUGUCGACAGCAUUAUCUACGAAGAUGACGAAGAGGAGCAGGAGGAAGAGGCAGAGAUGACGGUUGCGGCAGAAGUCACAAGUCAAGACACAAGUUUGACAAGUGGCCAAGACACGAGGGACACAAGAUAUGGGGAUACACUAGGCGAAACCCUUGAGACGGGUGAGACUCUCGGUGAGACUCUCGAGGGCGAGAUGGUCUCUGAAUCCUUAGACUGUGGCUGUGGCCAGGACAGUGUGGACUCUGUGGACUGUGCGAAGUUGACGGAGCACCCAGACAGCGGAGCAGUCCAUGGAGCACUUGGAGGGAAUCUCGAGGCGAGCCACAGGCCAAGCAGAUGCGACAUCUCGCCGUCGCCCUAUGGUGCCCCACUUUGCCUGGCACCUUCAUUGAAUGUCAUCACUCAAGGCGCUCGAAUUGCUGAGGAACCGGAUCAGCAACGCAUGCGUGAGUUUCCUGAGGUGAAGAUGCAGGAACCAGGAGGCACAUAUGGAGAUGAAGGUCCAUUGCGGAAGGAUGGCCUUGGGGAAGACGUCUCUGAGGGCACCGUCCCAGGCCCAGUGCACGUUUUGAUCAAAGAUUUGCACAUCGAGGAUUUCACCGCUUUGGGCGCUUUGGCCCUUCAAGAGCUGCCCCACUGCACCUUUGGAUACCUUUGGUACCUAAUGGCCACGCAGAUCCGUUCUUUGACCAUCUUUGACCAGCUGCGCAUGGCAUUUAAGGAUCUGUUGGCAUUAGCAGCACGCUAUGCCGGUGGCUGGUCUGCUUUGCUCGCCGGGCGGCAGGGGCUGCUGGACACCUCAUUGCCAAAGGUCCAGCAAGGACGACAUGUGGGAACAGCAGCAGCAGUGCACCGAUCGCUUUUGCUGUGGGACAUCGUACGUGAAGGUGAUGGCACCUUAUGGACUGGUAUCCUCCCAUUGGCACCAUUUUUGCGGCGAAGUUCGUUUGAGGAUUCUGACGGUGAGUGCGUGCUAUGCACCUACUUGUACCCUCAAAGUGAGAGUUUCCCUGGCUGUGACCACAAUUUCGAGCACGGAAUUCCUGGAUUACAACGGCAUUCAAGAUUUCAGAUCUCGGCGUCUACUUUAGAUCAUCGGACAUGGUGGCAUCGCCUCUCACUGCUGGGGCCCAACUGCACUGAAACUCAGAUCGCCCAAGUCGGCUUUAUUCCAGAUCGUUUCGCACAGCAUGGCGGCUCCCCUGUGGAUCCUAGCUUGCCUGAUCCAUCCGAGAUCGUGACUGCAGUGGACAAGACAGGUCAGACAGUUCCAGGUGUUUACCGCCUGACCUUCAAAUCCUUCUAUGAAGAAAGAAGCAGAUGGGGCCACAAAUCCACCUUCAUCCUGCAUCUUUGGAUUGACAGCAAGCGGCAGAUGUGUCAUGCAGAUCUUGAUUUUGCAGUAGAGGAUGCUGCCUGGGCAGCCUGGUUGGCAUGUGGACGGCGAGCCCCGAAGGUAAGCGACGCCGGGCAUAGGAUGGCACGAGUCCUGUCGCCUCAGGAGACAGCUGCUGCAGAACAAGUUUUUCGGUACUUGCAUCGUGCAGGGGGCUCUGCGGAUCUGCAUUAUGUCACUGGCAAGUAUGGAUGCAAGAAGAAGAUGUUGCUGGAUUUUGAAGGAGGGAGCAUCUUUGAAGCUGAUGGAGAUCGAAUCAAGCUGAAAGGUGGUGCUUUUGCUGUUGCAGCCGCCGCUGCAGCCGCUGGCCGCGUCACCAGGAAGGUUGGACGAAGGAAUUCUCCAAAUCACCUGCUGACAAAAGCAGGAUUUGCCACCAAGGAGGGCCCAGCCAGACACCUGCAGAGACGCAUUGAGGGCCUUUUGAUGACGGCGGGGGAUGGUGUGUUGCCCUUCAAGGCCGUCCUGCGGGCCCUGGCAUUGAAGCCUUCCCACUCGCUGAAGCGAUGGCUUCCAAAAGUGGGACUCCGGAGCUCUUCGAAUGGUGAUCUUUGGGUCGAUGAGUAUCGAUUAUUCUCCUACCGCAUGUACCGUGCGGUGGAGGCUUCAGCAUUCAUUAUGGACCACGAUGGCGAGGCCGAUUUGCAUGAUCUCAUGGAGCAUCUCUACAGGCCACCGGAGCUGCUGAAGGAUGAGGAAUACGAGCUGACAGCUGAGGGCCGAGAAGCAGCCUAUGUGGCUGGUCUUGCUCCUACUGCAGAGGUGGAGGAGUGGAGGCUGGAAGCUCGAGACAGAUACUGGCACAAGGGUGCUGAUGUCCCAACUGUGGCGGCAUUGCCGCCGCCAAAAGAAACUUUGGAGUUUACUGAUGGCCACAUUGCAGUCGAUUCUGUCAUGGACCGUGCCGAAUUGUCCACGGAGGCUAUUGGCUUCGAGAUCAUUCUGGCAGAGCGGCAAGUUGAACCGCCGCUCUGGUUGGAGGCAUGGAUCCGCGAGUACUUUGUGGUGGAAGAUGGCAAGGUCUUCCUGCCUUUUCUGGAACCCUGGAAGCAGCCACCUCCGCGAGACCCAGACGUCCAUGUCGAGUUCAGUCACACAGACCAGGAGGCUCUGCUCAUGAACAUUCAAGAGGAGAUGCGACUGCGGUAUGGCCGCGUGCAUAUGAAUGCCAUACCGAUGUUCAUAGGAGCAAAAAAGCGGUGGCUGAAGCGCUUUUUCGAUAUCACAUCCUACGGGGACGUCAUUGAGAAGAGCGUUGCGCGGCAAUCCCGUGAGGCGAUUGCCAUAGCCUCCCGGAUACACUACGAAGGAUAUACCGCCGCAGAAGCCUUUUUCGACUUCGGGGUUGGCAGAGAGUGGCUGAGGCGCUACUUCAUCAUGGAUCCAGAGACGAAAAAGCUAAGUUUGGAUCGAGCUCGGUAUUCGUCUUGGGAGCCCCCCCCAAAGGAUCCUGAAGCACCAAACCCGCGCAUCUAUACAAAGUUGGAUGCACCGAGGGGUUACGCGCGGAAAGGCCACAAGUACCAAAAGAGGAAAUACGGGCACAGCGCCGGUGGCAUCCUCUACUAA